AUGUUUUCCCUAUCGAUUUUAAUAAAAAAUAUUCCAGGUAUGUUGUUUUUCUUUGUAGCUAAAACAAUAAAUUCAAUAUUCAAUUCAGCUACAUCAGAACUUAAUCGUCUAUGUGCUGCUGAAGGAGCUUUAGUAUUUCACGAAUCUCAUGGAUUAGAAUUAGAAAAAGUUAGUUCACUUGGAUCUGACAAUACAAAUUUAAAUGUUGGAAAUAAUCAUAGUGUAUUUUCGUUAUUCAAUGAAUUAAUACCUCGUUUAAUCCGAGGUAAUUGUUAUUGCCACGUUCUUCAUAAUUCAGUUAAGCACGGAAAUAAUCACUUAUUAUUUGAUGUUGAAGCUGCUAUUUUAAAAAUUUAUUCACAUUUCUGUCGAUCAUCAUUACGUUCACAAGAAUUAGGAAAAUAUUUUGAAUUUGUUGAUCAAGAACAAAAUGUAAUGAAAUAUAUUUGA